AUGAGCGACGUUAUCACCCAGCUCUUUGAUCUGGAUAUCUCCUCCGCAGUUGCCCACAGCUUAUCAGCAGAGAAGCCACUUUUUGUCUACACCACAACCGCCGAAGAUAAACUUGUUGAGACUUUUUUGACGCCGCAGGGGUCUCCAGACGUUCCCACCGUGACCCGCCUAGCCGCUGGCUUUGUAUGCUUGAAAAUAGCCCACAAUCUGGAAGGAUUCCGCCAUUUCCAGCAUAUUUACGCAGAUGCCACGGCGCCAGCAUUCACGGUGUUGGUAGGCGGCAAAACACAGGGCGUAGUGACAGAAGACCUGGAUUACUCCGACUUUGUGCACCUCAUCGAUGAAUACGCGGCUGGCACCGCAGACCCAUCUCAUCGAAUCGUUAUCUCUAAACGUCCGAACUCGGUCGAGAAUCACAAGAGUGCGUUUGCGCCCAACCGCUCAGAAGAUAAAAUUGUCCGUGCUUUGCAUCUCACGCAUACCGCCGUGGAUGACCGUGAUACCGAAGCCGCUUCUAGCUCUUUAAAUGUCACAUUCCCCCAAUCACUGGACCCGCAGCUCUCACAAGCUUCCAAACCUGUUCCGCAAUCAAAAGAAGCUCCUUCCCCAGAAACGUUUGUGCUUUCGGUGCGACUCUUGAAUGGUUCCACCAUGAAGGGCAAGUUUUCUGCCGACAGUACCUUGAUGGAUGUCAAAAGAUGGGUGGAAGCCGAACAAGAAAUUGACCUCACGUCCACAGAAGCCGGGCUGUUGGACAUGUUCACCAAGCCAGGAUUUCCCGAGCCUUCGCGGAUCGCUUUCUAUGCUCCUGGAACCAAUGUGACAUACAGUGUACCCCAAGAACUUUGCCGUUUAAGGGACUUGGAUCUCUGUUCUAGGCUGGCCUUGAUCUUGAAGCCCGAGUUUCAUGACUUGUCAGCGCUCCAUGCGCCUGUCAAGCCCACGUUGCUUAGCAAGACAAGCGCCAAGCUCUCGACGAUGCUUCUGGCGUUGUAUUCGUUUUUUGAUUAUGGUGUGGACGAUGCCCAACGUGAUUUCGGCACGUCAGACACAGAGGAUGAAGUUGAUGAAAUUCCACACUUCACAAUUGUCGCAAAGGAUGCUGCGCGUGCCGUGGAGCUGCCUGUAGAGGUAAGGGCCCCUUUGGCGAAGGAAGAGGCUGAAAUGGACUAUUCGCUAGUAAGCCUGGCCCGGCUGGGCACUCCAGCACCAUCUGGAAGUAGUAGCCUCCACAUGAGCGAACUUAAAGAUGACUAG